UUGGUUCAUCACGGGUACAAUAUGUUGUAGAUCAUGCAAUGAAAAUUGUUUUCCUCAAUACUGACCCCUCUAUUGUAAUGACUUAUGAUGCUGUUCAAAAUGUGCAUUCUGUGUGGACUCUCCGGAGAGUCAAAUCAGAGGAAGAGAAUGUUGUUUUAAAGUUCUCUGAACAGGGGGGAACCCCACAGAAUGUGGCCACUAGCAGCUCCCUCACAGCACAUCUCAGAAGCCUCUCCAAAGGAGAUUCCCCUGUGAUUUCACCUUUCCAGAAUUACUCCUCCAUUCACAGCCAGAGUCGCUCAACCUCAUCACCCAGUCUACAUUCUCGCUCACCUUCUAUUUCCAACAUGGCAGCUCUAAGUCGUGCUCAUUCUCCUGCCUUAGGAGUGCACUCUUUUUCAGGGGUGCAAAGGUUCAACAUUUCAAGCCAUAAUCAGUCUCCAAAGAGACAUAGUAUUUCUCAUUCUCCAAAUAGUAAUUCUAAUGGCUCCUUUCUUGCACCAGAAAUGGAGCCAAUUGUUCCUGAACUGUGUAUUGACCAUUUGUGGACAGAAACGAUUACUAAUAUAAGAGAGAAAAAUUCACAAGCCUCAAAAGUGUUUAUUACAUCUGACCUAUGUGGGCAAAAGUUCCUGUGCUUUUUAGUAGAGUCCCAGCUCCACUUACGCUGUGUAAAGUUUCAAGAGAGUAAUGAUAAAACCCAGCUCAUCUUUGGUUCAGUGACCAACAUACCAGCAAAGGAGCAGCACCAGUGGAGAAAAUAGACACCAUGCUGGUCUUGGAAGGCAGUGGAAACCUGGUGCUAUACACAGGAGUGGUUCGGGUAAGCAAUAAGUAGCACUUCAUGCCUUUAGUAGGACUUCAGGCUGCCUGCAUGAAUAUUUGUAAUGUUACUUUAGAUUGAUAUUUUAAAUUUGUUAUGUUCCUGUCUGCACAAUUUGGCAGAAGAAUUUUGUUAAUAAUUCUCAGUGAAGCUUCCCAUUUAGGUGGGUCCUAAUUUGGAGGGCUAUGGCUCACUGCUAUUAAAUGCAUUUGUACUCUAAACCUGUCACAGAUGGGAAACCUUCAAUGAGUA